AUGGUUCUUCCUCCUCGCCACGUGUACUCUGCUCGUGUGAAAAAUACCACUUCAAAGUUGGUAAAAUUGCAUGCCACUUAUGCUAUGCCAAACAAUAUGGAAGAUGUGGAAGUGUCAGUACUUAUUCAACCCGGAGAGUCAGCGGUACUGCAGCAGAAGGUUGUUCAGGUUGAACACAUGGAGCUAACUGCUCACAUUCGAUGUAUUGCCGUUGAUGGGGCCAAACUUGAGGCCCCAUUUGAUGGUGUGAAUUCACCUGUGAAGGAUUACUCAGUAGAAAUUCGUUCUGAUGGUAACAUACUACAGUUGCAUGGUCAUCCAUAG